UUGACAUGUGAGACUCCACAAGCGUUUCUUGCGAAACUUAUUAAUUCACCAAAAAACUCGUUCUUGAUGCGUUUUUAAUCAAAAAAACUGACUAAAUAUUACGCUACCGUAAACAAAUAGUGCAAUACCACCAGUGCCGUACUAGUUGAGCCCUACUUCGCCUCGCUUGGAUGUCCUGAUUUUGGCCCAAACUACCAUGUCAUACCCAGGCCGCCCCCCAAUAAUGCAAGGUCUUCCAAUGGCAUAUAUGUCCAUGGGGGGGCCCGCGCCCCCCUUGAUGCCCGCCGUCAUGCCUUUGCAACAUAUGGUACCUAUUCAGGUAACAAGCGCCCCCCAAAUUCGGGCUUUGCCUCGGCUGAACGCCAGUAGGGAGCAGCUGAAGCAGAUGCAGGGUCCCGCCGUCACAGUAUUCGUCGGAAACAUUACGGAAAGAGCCCCCGACGCGAUGAUCCGACAAAUUCUCGCCGCUUGCGGACACGUCAUUAGCUGGAAGAAGGUAAAAGCAUUUGGUUUUUGUGAACUAGCUGGACCUGACGCCGGCUUAAGGGCUGUUAGGUUACUUCACGAUCUUAUGGUCGGGGACAAGCGGCUAGUGGCGAAAGUCGACGCCAAGACAAAGACUGUACUAGAUGAAUACAAAGCCGAAAGAAGAAAAAAGGAAAAGGGGUCGUCGCCGCUCCAGGACGAGCCCGAAGAGGACGUCUUGGACGAAGAAACCCAAGCCCUGGAUGCCGUGGCCAUGGAAAGAAUUAAACAGAUUCUCUGUGAGUAUGAAGACGAAAUGAAUAACUUCGAGCUUAAAAAAGAAGAGGAGGUGAUAGAAAAGUGUCAUAAAGUGUUAGAAGAAGCCGACGUAGAAGAAGAAAAACGCGAUUUGAUAACGAGAGAGAUCGGGAAGUUCCGAGAGAUCAUGAAAAAACAAGAGGAAGAGAAGGAAGUCAGCAAACGGAAAAAAGAAGAGAAGGAGAAGAACCGUGAGAAAUCGCAUUCGCACUCGCCGAGCCCGCGAAGAAGGGAAAAAGAUGACAAGAGAAGGCGGCGGUCAAGAUCGAAAUCACGGACGCACGAGCACAGCAGAGAACGCGAGAGGGAGCGCGACCGUGAGCGCGAGAGAGACAGGGAGCGAGAGCGUGAACGCGAAAGAGAGCGAGAAAGGGACAGAGAGAGGGAGCGGGAACGCGAGAGGGAGCGAGAACGCGAACGGGAGAGAGAACGUGAGUUGAGGGAACGCGAAAGAGAGAGGGAAGAGAAGAAAAGUGCCAAGGAUUUGUUGAAGGAGAAGGAGAUGGAGGAGGAGGCGAAGGAGAAGAAGAAGGCGGAGCGGAGGGCUAGGGAGAAAGAGGCGGCGUACCAGGAGAGGUUAAGGGCGUGGGAGACGCGCGAACGGAGGAAGGCGAAGGAAUACGAAAAGGAAAGGGAGAAGGAAAGACUAAAGGAGGAGGAGCGGGAGCACGAAGCGAAGAGGCUGAAGGAAUUUCUGGAGGAUUAUGAUGAUGAGAGGGACGACAUCAAGUAUUACAAGGGAAGGGAACUGCAGAGGAGGCUAGCGGAACGCGUGAAGGAAGCGGAACUCGAUAGUAGAGAUAGGCAGAAGGAGAAAGAAGAAAUCGAAGAAUUGAAGAGUAGAAUAUUUUCGGGCGAACAUGAAGAUCCAAAUGCUGAGUUUGAACGGGCGAAGAAAGAGAAAGAAGACCAGUACAGACCCAAGUUGCUAAUUGAUGUUAAUUUAGAACACUGGAAGCAAAAAGAAAAAGAAAAGGAGAGAGAAAUGGAGCGGCAAAAAGCGAGAGAAAGGGAACGUCACAGGGAAGUCGAAAGACAAAGAGAUAGACAAAGACAAAGAGAAGAAAGAGAGAAAUAUGUAAUGCAGCAAGCGGCUCAGGAGUUGGCAGCAGUGGAGGCUGAACCCAUUGACAGUGACAGUGACAUGGAUGACAAUCACUACAGUCCAGCCCCACCAGAACCAGAUGCCAACUCUAAUGAUGACUCAGAAUCAGCAAAAUGGACUCAAGUGCAAGUUGGCGACGAAGACUCCCGACAUUCGUUUACCUCAAACCACGAGGAAAAUCCCCCUCCACCCACUGGUACAGGAAUGAAGAUCACCCUAGCUAAACCCAUCACCUUCAGCCCUCAAAACCAACAACGCGACCCGAAACGCAAAAAGUUGGAUCUUCGCGAGGUCUUCAAUCCCGAUGAAGACGACAGCAACACGCAAGUGAAGAAGCGGAAACUCGUUCCUUUGGACUACAGCGAAGAUAAAAAGAAUAAGAAAGAGAAAGAAGGUGAGAAAAAAUCAGAAGAAUCUAUAAAGUCCCAGGAGGAAAAGAAAAAACACAUCAAAUCGUUAAUAGAAAAAAUUCCAACUGAGAAAGAUGCGCUUUUCGCGUAUCAGCUCGAUUGGUCGGCGAUCGAUAAUAGUUUAAUGGAGAGGAAAAUACGCCCUUGGAUCAAUAAAAAAAUUAUUGAGUAUAUAGGGGAACCAGAGCCCACUCUGGUCGAUUUUAUUUGUUCCAAAGUUCUGGCGGGGUCUCAGCCGCAAGUCAUAUUACAAGACGUCCAAAUGGUAUUAGAUGAAGAAGCAGAAGUUUUCGUUGUGAAGAUGUGGAGGUUGAUAAUUUAUGAAGUGGAAGCGAAGAAGCUAGGAUUAGUGAAGUAGCAGUUAUUCAAAGUGUAUAUAAGAAAAUGGACUUUAGAUUUACGUUUGUAUAAUUUAUGUACAUCAAGCUAUCACUUACGUUGACAGGGCAAGAGUAUAUAAUUAUAUUAAGCCUGGCAUUCAGAAUCAAUUGAAUAUUUUAUGUAAGCAUGUUCGACAUUUGGAAGAAUAAAACGAUUUACUUACAAAA